AUAUGGCGUUAUUUCCACCCUCACGGUAUCAUCAAGCUAAAGGAUAUAGUCAGUCACCGGCGCUUCAACGCGCAAGAAGACCAUUCUUUGUUCGUAAUGUUAUAACUGGGUUACUCCUAUUAGGAUUUACUGGGGCCGUGUACACAUAUUCAAUCAUGGCAGUUAAGCAAGAUGAUUUAGGCGAUAUUCCUAUGCCUCACCUUCCAGCAGAUAAUAAAGAAUCAACAAAAUAA